AUGAUGCGCCAACCCAUCACAAGUCUGGCGAGGAGCCUCCUCUCCCGCGCAGCAACUCAGCCUGUUCGUGUCGCCACACAGGUGUGCUCGCAAAGGAUGUUCUCUUCCCUUCCCUCACUGCGUCCCUCUAUCACGCCUCUCACAUCCGCCUUCCGCCGGCCGACCGCCACGCCUUUCACCCCCUCAACAGGUGAUGCCGCCGACGUGGUUCCGACGAGCGCCAUCACAGAGCACCCUGCCAUGGGCGCCAUGCAGGUCCGCUGCGGCCCCCGUAACACGAUGAACCGGAACACCCGAUUGAUUCAGAAGCGGAGGCACGGCUUCCUUUCGCGCAUGAAGUCCAAGGACGGUCGCAAGAUUGUGGCGCGAAGGCGGGCGAAGGGGCGCAAGAAGCUGGGCGUUUGA